AUGUCUUCAAAAUACAUAGUGGUGUUAGCGUGGGUUAUUUGUUUGUUGUGCGAAGUGGCUGUGACUGGUUGUGAAGUGGUUUUGGUCAAUCGAAAUGUUGCCGACAGCUUUCGUAUUGGGAAAUACGGUUGUACGAAUGAUACAAGUAUUUGUACGCAAAGUUCUGCAACAUGUCAGCCUGACAGUGGUCUGUGUUUAUGCGGAGAAUCUGGGCCGAAUUUUCGAAAUCCUGCUAUAGAAUCUAAAAAUGAGAAGGCGUAUGGUUGCAUAGGCAAUGAUAAUAUUCGCACUGGAUUUGGUGAGUUCUUACAAUCUUAGUUAACUUUGCAGCCGAACAUUUAAACUUGUUCAUAUUCUUCCUGUACCACGACUUAAUUAAUUGAAUUAUUAAAGUUUUCGUGGAGUUAAGUUUUUUGUUUUAAAUCUAUCUGACAUACGAUUCACAAUGUCGAUAAUAUUUAUACACAUGUAUUUAUAGCUAUGGUAAUACCAUCGUCUUUAAGGUUUUGGCAACUUCCCUGGAAUGCUUCGCAGGCUUAGAACCCAGUUACACUAAACUUCACGAUACCAGUUUCGCUUUUUACGACAUUCAGGAUUAAUGCCUAACCACAACCCAACAGUUUUCGCAUUUAUUUUGUCAUAUUAUCGCAACUUUUAUAUGUUAAUAUAUUCCUGAAAUGUAGUGGUGAACUUGAUGUCGUGACAAGCGAAUCCGGUAUCGUGUAAAGGUUUUAUAAUUGUAGACUUGAGCGAAACGUUUUUACGUGGGGGAGCGUAUAGUUAUUAUUCUUGCUUCAACUGAGAUUAGCGCCAAAAUACCCGAAGAAAUUUCACGAUUUUCCAUAGAGCGUUGACUGAUUCUUUACCUCCUGAUCAAUUUAGUGAAAUAUACCAAUCUGCAUCCUAACCAUAUAGUACCUAUAAGCAUGACUCGGCUACACCCUAACUCUUUUAGCCUCAUUCAUAUAAUACAAUGUAAUUUGGAAAAACACCUUGCAAAUCGUAUAGGUCUGGUACCAGAAUGAACGACACGAGUUAACAACCUGCUCAAAUAGUCGAUCCUAUUGUAUCUUUUAUUUAAAUAUAGGAUCCUUAGACUGUGAAUUAAAGCCUUUUCAACUUAUACCAUACAACCACGAAGAACCGGCCAAGCAAUUUAGAGACGACAACCAAAAUAUCAAAUUGCAAAAUUGUUCCCUGCUGAAAGCGCAGACAAAGUUUCCAGACAACGCUACAGAAAUGGAACCGCCAUGGUUGAAUCAAUCUUACGUUGAUUUGAAUGUCUCAAACAAAACAUUGUCUUUUAAGGUAUGAAAAUGUACUCUCAUAUUAUUUUUUAGCUUUGUUUAAAAUUAAUUUCUUUUUCCUUUUCUAGUGGAAAAAAUCAGUUCCAAAUCUGCAAGGCACAAUAAUUACGUUGCACCUGAACUGCCAGUUUCAAUCUGGGUCUUAUGGACAUUAUUGCCUACGAGCAAAGGUCCUUGGAUCAUGGGCAGCAGCAGGUAACAGAUUCGUUCAGUUAAAACGAGAUCCAUUUGUAUUUGAAUUCACUUUAUUCUUUAAUGAUCAUGUAAUAGUAGUCGUGUAUCAGCCGGCAAGGCAUUUUAAACAUUAUAUAUUCGAACAUUUGCACGGCUGCAGAAAAGAACAGAGAGCCUACGAUUCACGACGCGGGGAGAGUUAGAAAUGCUUGCAGGUAACUAGCGCGGUCCAAGCCGUGUCUUCUUACUAUGUUCCCUACGUUACGAAACACAACGCGCUAGCAUAAAACGUCUAUUUUGGCGGAAAAAUUAUGGUAAUCAAAGAUACUACUCCAUCAAAAAUAGAAAGUUAAGCACUUAAAUUCACGUUUUCAAUGUGAAAGUAUUCGACACUCACUUGAAAUUCGCAGCGUAGUGAUCACAACGUGAAAUUGACAAAAUUCAGUCGUAGAAUCGUCGACUACGCGUUGGAAUUACACAAGACACGUUGGCAGCGCUAAUUACCAAGCCUUUCUAACGCGUCUUCUCCAGCCGCGUCGUGAAUCGCAAACUCUCUAAUAUUAUAAUACUCUUCAUCUCUACGAUUAUCUUAUGCCGUUCUCUGUGAUUAUUAUUUCCCCUCAACCGCGUAUGAAAAGCAAGGUCCUAGUUUGACUGUAGUAAACCCAUUGGUUUACUCCGUAGAUACUCGGCGGGCACUUUUGAUUACCCUGAUGAAAACAUUAAACUGGAGUGAUGAAAUACUGUGUCGAGAAUGUAAUUUGUUCAAAAAUUUGCCAACAUUUUACACGGUUACACGGUGCUGUGAACUCUGCAAAAAGUUAAAUAAUAAAUUUUACACAUAGAUCCCACCAACCCAACUGCUGUAGCAACUGUAGGACCAAAUACAUCCUCGACUAAACAAACCACAUCAUACGUCAUCCCAACUGGUACUUCCAUGACAAAACCACCAACAUCAUCAGCUGGUUCCAAUCCUCCGAGUGAAGUAACGAGCAGCGAUGAUGAUUCAAGUGGAACAAUUAUUGCUAUAGCUGUAGUGGUACCUGUAGCACUGUUGACAGUCUUGGUUAUCUUUGUAUUGUUUUUCUGUAAACGCAAGAGAAGGUAUAGGAAAGGCUUUUGGAAAAUGAAGAAAUUUAUUACUUAAGGACCUGGGUAAACCCGGAAAAAUUGUUUCCAAGCCAUAUUUCCCAAAGAUGGACAAACCAGGAGACACUGUUUUCUAGCCAUGUUGCCCGAAAGUGGACAAACCAGGAAACAUUUCAUAGCCAUGUUUUUCCGCAAAUCCUGAAAAAACAGGAAACAUCAGUUAGAAACAUUUGCCUGUAAAGUAAAUUGAUUGCGAUAAAAUUGUCUACUUUAAACUUGAACAUGAAUAAAAUACCGGCUGUAACUAUUAUACAGAAUAUGUUACAGAAGUGUAACUGGAGAACAAAAUAAUGGCUGUAACUAGCUGUACCUUGUUCAUACAUCUUUCAUACUCAGAAAAUAUUGUGUGCGAAACAAAAAUCGCACUUAAAUUAGUUGGUAAACAAUUUUGCUUGUCUGAGAAGAAAUUUCAUGUCUGCAUAAAUGUUCUUUAUUUGAGGAUGGAUGGACAAACGAGGAACAUGACAUUUCCCCCACAAUAUUUUCACGUUUCCCAAUACCUCGACAUGAAACUCGCACCCAUAUGAAAAACAUUGCCAAAUCUCAUUUGCGGUUACUCGUUUUUAUUAUUAUUACUUUCAACAGCCAAAGAGGUCCAAGUCGUGAAAGUUCCUGGAAAAUGAACGGUAUGUACAGAUUUAGCAGUUUUUCAGUUGCUUUACAGUAUAAAAUUUUCAAAUCAAAUGUCUUAUUUUUGUUCAAGGAAAUAUAUCACCUUAUAAGUUUUGGUUUAAGUCCAUAUCUUAUUUUUUUAAAACUUCUAUUUUCAGGAGUCCCGGCUACGAAGCAGUUCAGAUACAUAGACAGUAAUCUACAUGGCCCAAAUACUUAUGUAAACGUGCAAGCCAGAGAAAUAAACGAGAUAUUUGAUGCUCAGUCAAACCUUGAUUAUGCAACGCCGGACCAAAAAAGGCGAGAAAGCGCUACGUCUCAACCAGACCCUGGAUAUGAAACCCCUGAUGUGAUACGCAGAGAAGUCAAUGGUGCUGCUUUAAACUCCGGUAAUGCAACGCCAAAUAGCCAGCGAGUUUUCGUAGAAGCCAACCCUUGUUAUGCUGCAACGCCUGUUGUCAAAAACACAGAAAUAACUGGCACUUCUUCCAAACUACAGGCCGGAUAUGAAACCCUUGAUAUGAAAAGAAAAGAAGUCAAUGCCAUUAGUUCAGAGCUCGAGCCUGGUUAUUCAACACCUGAUGCCGGAAAUGAAGAUAAUGCUGAUUAUUCAACUCCUGACAUAACGAGAGUUGAAGUUAACGGAGAACUGUAUGCGCUUCCGGAUAAAAAGAAAUACUCCGAAG